UUCCCCAAGAAGUGGCGUCACUCCUUUAGUUUCUGCAAUUUUGUUCAAGUCAUAAUAGUUGUAGUUCUGCCGUCUCUGUUUCUUUUCAACUUCUCUCAUCCUCUCGUUCUCACUCGCGACUCGUUCUCAACCACCGGUACAUCGCCUUCUUUCCGAAAGUCGCGAUGGCAUUGCCAGUUUCGGCCAUCGGAUUUGAAGGCUACGAGAAGAGGCUCGAGCUGACGUUCUAUGAGCCUGGAAUCUUUGCUGACCCUGAAGGAUUGGGUCUCCGCUCAUUGACCAAAUCCCAGUUGGAUGAGUUUCUGACACCAGCUGAGUGCACCAUUGUUUCUUCGCUGUCAAACGAUUUCGUGGACUCUUACGUCCUUUCGGAGUCGAGCCUCUUUGUGUACCCUUACAAACUCAUCAUCAAGACUUGCGGGACGACGAAAUUACUUCUUUCCAUUCCAGCUAUCCUCAAAUUGGCUGAUUCCCUGUCCCUUUCUGUCAAGUCUGUGAGGUACACUCGUGGUAGCUUUAUAUUCCCUGGUGCCCAGCAUUUCCCGCAUCGGAACUUCUCGGAGGAAGUAGCUGUCCUUGAUACCUACUUUGGCAACCUUGGUGAUGGAAGCAAGGCGUAUCUGAUGGGCUGUCCAGAAAAGGCUGAGAAAUGGCAUGUUUAUUCUGCUUCUGCUGAGAAGAUGAGCCUCUCGGAUUCAGUUUUCACUCUCGAAAUGUGCAUGACUGGUCUCGACAAGAAAAGGGCAUCUGUCUUCUUCAAAGAGAACUCGCCUUCUGCUGCAUCUAUGACUGAGGAAUCUGGCAUUCGGAAGAUUCUCCCAGAGUCUGGUAUCUGUGAUUUUGAGUUUGAUCCCUGUGGCUACUCCAUGAAUGCCGUCGAAGGGGCUGCAGUUUCUACCAUCCAUGUCACACCAGAAGACGGCUUCAGUUACGCCAGUUUCGAGGCGGUUGGCUAUGAUUUCAAGGCUGUGAAUCUGUCGCAGCUGAUCCAGAGGGUUUUGGUCUGCUUUGAACCGACUGUCUUCUCCGUGGCUCUCCAUUCCGAAUUAGCCGGUGAGGAUCUGGUGUCGAGGUUCCCUCUCGACCUGAAGGGGUACAGUGCCGGAGAGACGAGUUGCGAGGCCCUUGGAAAGGGUGGUUCUAUCAUGUACAAGAACUUCGCUCGAGCAGCAGCAGGAGCCUGUGGAUCUCCGAGGUCCAUCCUGAAGUGCUGUUGGAGCGAGGACGAGAAAGACGAGGAAGUCCAGAAGUGCUGUUGGAGCGAGGACGAGAAAGAUGAGGAAGUCGAAGAGAAAUAGUCGUAUAGAGACUCCAGAGUCAUUAGUAGUAAGUAAGUAUUGGACGAAUAAAAGUGCUUUGGGGUUUAUGUUGUUUCGAGCAAUAUUCAGCUCGAGAGACUGUCGUGUUGUUUCAUUUCUUUGUUUCCUUUGUCGUAUGGAGUCGUAGUUGCUUUUUAGCCGUCGAGUCCCGCAGUCCGCCAUGGCCGUGGCCAUGGUGCGGCGACUGGGGCAGAGUCAAGUGUCAUUGUUCGGACGUGUUGCUGUUUAAUGAAAGAUCAUUCUAUGUUUUGUUUUCA